GGUCGCGGCGGUCAACCGGCUCCGCGCGUUUAUUCCGGCCCGGCUCUUCGCACACCCAGUCUCCGGAGAGUCUCUCACCUGACCAGUUUCGCCAGCGUGUCCAUCCGUGCACGUCGUCUGCGGUGUUCACUCGUCGUCCGUGAUCGUCUCGCGCACGUCGUCGUCGUAUUUACCACAGCAGUUGCGUACCGGCGCGGUGUAUACAGUGCGCUCGUUUCGUUCGUCUCCGUAUUUCAUUUAUUUAUUAUUUAUAUAUAUAUAUUUUCUAUUCACUCCCCCGUCCGAUUUUCAUCCGUUUCACCGUACGUGGUACAGUAAUCGUCCCCGCGAUACCGCAUCCGCCCCCCUUCCCGUGUUAUGCGCGCGACAUGAACAGAUACUACGAGGCGUACCCCAAGACCGGCAGCACUAUGUUGACGCUGCCGCCGCCACCGUUGUCCGACCCGUCGGCCACGUGGAACUCGUACAGCUCGGAGCCGGUGAAGGCGUUGCAGGGCAAUCGGAUCAAGCCGGACCGGAACCGGCACGCGGUCAACGUGCAAAAGAUGCAGUGGCGUAACUCCAACUGGGUGGACGGGUUCCCGGAGCUGGUCAGCUCGAUGACCAUCGCGGACGUGAGCCCGAGGUUCGCCGUGAAGCGCAUACUGCUGCUGUACGAGAACGCGCAGUACCGCGAGGCGGCCAACUUCGUGAACCGGCUCAGCCAUGGCACGUUCAAGGCGAUCCUGGAUCAGCUGCCCGUCGACCUGUUCGUUGAGGCCAUGCCGCACAGUCUGUCUAUACUGGAGGCGCUGUACGCAAAGGUGUUCCUGUCGUCCGACUGCGGCAUCAAGGUGCUGCGGCCCGACCACGUGCUCAUGCGGCUGGUCAAGUUGUUCACCGGCACCACGGGCGGCGCGGAACGAUGGUUGGGCAGCACGCGCAAGCUGCUCAAAGUGAUCGUGUUGUCCGAACCGAAGCUGCGCAAGGCGCUACAGGUGCGGCGCCGCUCGCUGGACAAGGCGGUCGAGGGCCUGGGCCAGCACGGCCUGGUCGGCACCAGCGACGAGACGCUCACCAACCUGCACGACGCGCUCAAGGUGGAGUUCCAGAAGUUGGUGGAUACGUACAAAGCGGCGCUGCUCAAGCUCGAAGAGCUCAGCUUAUCCGGCAAACGGGACGGCGUGAGUAAGGGACCGGCGCCGGUGCAGGCGUCGCAUCAGCGGCAGUUGUCCCUGCAGCAGACCGACAUCCAAGAGCGGCUGAUCAAGAACAAAACGCUGCUGAACGUCGUUGAACCCGUGCUGGAGAACAAGUCCAUGGCCAUACUGCUGACCAUCCUAAAACGGCGGGUCGAGUACGACAAGGACGCGUUGUUCCAGUUCACGCAGCUUAGGAAGGAACUUAAAGUCGAGUCGGAGCACGUGGUCGCACCGCUGCUAAUGAGAUACUCGCACGCUUGCGAACAGGUUUUGGAACUGAUGAAGGAAGUCGCCGAGGACGAAGAUUCCAGCGAUAUAUCUGGCUAUCAUUCGGACUCGGACAGUGCUAUAAUGAUGUCGGGAAAUUCACCUUAUGUCACCAAAAGAGCAAGACACAAUUUCAUUUCACGAUCAGUGCGAUCGAGCAGCAAUCACAGCACACGCACCAGAUUGGUAAUGAGCACCGGAUCGAGUUCGGCGAGUCCACCGGACGGCGCGGAAUCGUCGACGACAGCGGCACCGAAUUGGGAAUGGUCCACCGAGAAAUCGAUGAAUACGUUGACCUGUUGUCGUAAGUGUGGACCGCAGGCGGCUUUGCAAUUGCAGAACGUAAACGAUGACCGAGAAAAGUUAGCCUUGCAAACGGAGCUGGAAACCACCAAACUCGAACUUGAAAGAACUAAAGCUAAACUCGAGUCCUUGGCCAAAGCUGCUAAGCAAACACAGGCUUCCAAGGAGUUGAGCGGCUCGAGAUUGGUAAGAUGUUACGGCAACUUGUACUCGCAAGCUCGCGUUGAAGCGCUGGAAAAAUUAGACACGUUGCCGCAGCUUGUCGACGCUACAGAGCUUAAGUCGAAAAUCCUCUUCUCCGUCGUCGUCUUGGCGUUUAGGUCGACGCAGGCCAUGUUGAACCAGAAGAAAGAGCAAGUGAAACGAUUGUUGUUCUAUCCAACGCCGUCCGGAUCCGCGCACGUCGAGCUCGAAGCUUCCAUCUGCACGUACCUAAGGAGAACAGUGGAUACGUUCGAUUUGACCCAGUGCAUCGAGGAAGUGAGUUCGCAGUUGUGGGCAACGUUGUACGACUACCCGUGUUUGAAAUCUUGUGCCGCACUUCAUCAAUACAUCUGUGACGCGGUGCGUUUAGCUUGGGCACUAGUGAAUCAGACGCCAAGUUAUGUGUUGGAAUACGAGCAGAGAUCGUUCAAACGGGACCUACACGUCAGGUACCAUUCGUCGAACUUGGAGAGCAAUCAGGUUCGGACAUACUUGUGGCCCGCGUUGCUUGAAGGGUCGACAGGGCCGUGCGUACACAAAGCGGUUGUGCUGACUUAGAAUUUCGUGCUAAGAAAAUGUUGUUAAAUUAUACUAUUAUCGUAAUACACGCACGCACAUAUCAUUUCGAUGUAUUUAGAUUUGGCCAAUAAGUAAAUCGUUAAGCAAUAGUUUAUAAUAUUACAUUUUUUUUUUACGUAAACGUUAACAGUAUAUUAUACACAGUACACAUUCGUAUUUG